CAUGGAUGCAUCCGCGGGCAGGGAUGUUACAGUAUCACCCUGCUUAUAUUAGCCAAGUGUUUGUGGCAUCGCGCGAUACGAGCUCGGAUCCUCAUCUUAUGCAUUGAGAUGCGCCCGGAGAUUCAGGCGAGGCUAUGCUAUUCCUCGUUUCAAGCUUGGCAGGAAAAAAAUGUGGUUCAGCUGCGAAGUACGAUAGCGUACUCUUUUUUUUUUUUGUUUUUGCUUGACAUGUCACCAUGCAAAGGAUAUAUGAAAAGGACCCAGCACGGCUCCGGAAUCGAGCAUUCUAUCCUUGAGCAGAGACAAUCCUGACCCCCCAUUCAUCGAAAGGGCAAUUACCAUAAUGCUCGCUUUUAAACUUGCAAAUCUACACCUCCUCCUCCCACUCCUGCUAGGAACCAGCCUAGCAGAAAUCCUCACUCCCUUCGGCGACACGGCCAGCGACGGCGCCAUCAAAUUCCAGCCCGUCCUCGACUUCGACAAGGACAGCUGCUACCAAACCGCAGCCAUCGGCACGGACUACAGAGUCAACGCCGGCAUCGGCCCAAACCUCGCUCCACCGCGUCCGCCGGGUACGGGACCAGGGAUUCCGCGAGCUGCUGGCGCCGCCGACGAGCAAGUCGUCUUCGCUGCGAAUGUGACCGACGCCGACCGCGAGUUUGAAGUUCGCUCCACGCACGGUCCCUACAUCCCCUUUGGCUGCCGCGACAAGGACCGCCUCGAGCACAGCCAGACGUACGUCCGCGAGCGGUGCAACCACGGGUGGUGCGCGUACCUGUAUGGAUACUAUUUCGAGGUCGACCAGGGCCCCGGAAACGCGCAUAGGCACGACUGGGAGCAUGUGAUUGUCUGGACGCUCAACGACCAGGUGUUUUUCGUCAGUUGGUCCGCCCACGGCGACUAUACGACGCACCACUCGUCCACGGUCCGGUUCGAGGGCACGCGCGCCAAGAUCGUGUAUCACCUGGGAUCGGGCGGUACGCACUCGCUGCGGAAAGCCGAGGCCAAGGACGAUGAGAUUGAGAAUGAUAUGGGGAGGUGGUGGCGGGCGCCGCUUGUUUCGCUGGAGAAGAUGCCCUGCGAUUUUAACCGGAAGUUGUUGAAUAAUGAGUGGGGCAGUGCGCAUAGUGAUUUGAAGAAGUUGGGGGAGAAAUUGGAUAAGUGGAUGCCCUGGGAUGCAAGGAAUAAUGAAAAGUUUAACCCGUGGGAGCCAAAGGUUCCGUCUUGGGCCAAUAGGGGGUGAUUUGGGGGUGGAAUGUUGCUGAAAUGAAGGAAGUACAUGUUUGAGGUGGUAUUACUUGGGAAUGGACGGGUUUGUGGGCAUAAGACAGCAAAAUGAGAGGAUCAAUAAAAAAUUUUAUAGAGCCC